AUGUCCAAACCCGAUAUUAUCCCUCAAACUACCAGUGCCGGGAUUGCCGUCGAUCCGCGGACGCUUGAAAGAGUAGUUCCGGAAUCUCGUAGGGCAGAUGGAUCGGUGCGCAAGGAGCGCAAGAUCCGUCCGGGAUUCACGCCGCAGGAGGACGUCUCUCGCUUUCGUGGCUCGCGUCAGGCACAGAUGGACCGCAACGCGUUGCCAAAAGGUCACAUUAUAGGAUGGGUGCCGCCUUCAGCCGACUCUCAACCCGUGAAGACGGGUUUAAGCAAGAGCGCGAAGAAGAAUGAAAAGAGGAAAGAAAAGAGGAAGGAGGCGGCGCAGAAGAAGGUUGCAGAGAGCUGGGAGGAUGACGACGACGACGACAUGCCCACCACUAAAGCUGGAACUACACUGUCGACAAAUAAAGACACGAAGCCGUCGGGUGAACGGAAGGAAUCUGGAGAUAAAGAUGAUGAGGAGGCACUGGCGGAGACAAUGGGCAAACUGGGUGUGUGA